AUGGCUCCCCCCAAAUCCUCCCGGACUGCUGGCGACGACCCCAAGGGUGACUCAACAACGGCCCCUAAAGAAAAAGCCGGUGGAAGUAAUCCGACUUCAGCAAAGAUGCGUCGCGUAGCCAGCCAGCCCAAUGCAUCUCAACUACGCGAGGCUGCUGCAGCGCCUACGUCAGGACCAGCGCAGCAUACCACCGAGCCACAAUUACCAACGAUCAACUGGUCAACUUUCCAUCGUGAUGACCUGCAUUCAUACCGACGUGAGCAUCAAUUACCGACACCUACGGCAUUUGCCAGCACGUUUCAUCAUACGGUCAUGUCACGGCCUUACAGCAUUGGGCGAUACUCCCCGACAAUGAUCCGGAAACAAGAAGCACGGCGGCAAAGCAAAGAGAGCUUGGAAAAGACUGUGAGAAAGCACUUCAACGGCCUUGGGAUCCAUGAGAACGAUGUAAUUGUUGAUUUUCUAUACAAAAUCCGGAGCGCCAAAUUGCCCAGAGUGGGAGCCCCCGGCAGGCAGUCUCAACAACGUCUGGAAGCCGUGAACAGAGUGGAGGAUUUAAAGAAUACGCCUCUACUGGAUCUGGGACUUAUACUCAGCACUAUCAGCACUAGGCCAAGCUCGGCGCCCAAAGGAAGACAAGCCGUGGAUGAGGACGUUUUGUCUCCCUCCCAUCAGCCUGAAUCACGUCGCGAACAGACUUUGAAAUCUUCAAUAAUGCAAGGGACUAAAAGGGGAAUGGUUGUGGCCGAGCUGUUGAUUCACGCCAGCCACUCUGUCGAAUUGCAGGUAAACGAUGGUAAACGAUUCACCCUCAUGAACUAG